AUGUACAAAACGGUGCGGCAUGGCGAAAACUCGCUGCAGUACACCAUCCUGCCCCAGCAGGACGGCGGCCACGCCGGCCUUGACACGGAGGCGGCCUUCGGGGGCCGCAAGGAGGGCACGGCGUGCGGCCGCAGCGCCGUCCUGGUGGCCAUCUGCGUGGUGCUGGUGGGCGGCGUCGUCGCCGCCGUCAUCGUGCCCUUCCUCGUCUCCAGCAGCAUCGUGAUCCGCACGCCGCACCACCGGCCUCUGCGGCCCGCCCCCGCCGCCUCCACGCCCCCGACCACCCCCGAGCUGCUCGCCUUCAACUUCUCGGUGACGACCGCCAGCUCCUUUGCCGCCGCCGAAGACAUCAACAACCUCAGCACGACGUCUCCGGCCGACGUCGUCCUUCUGGUCACGGCCGAGCCGCCUCCGAGUGCCGCCCCCGCCGACCAAGAAGAGGAAGCAGAGGCCCCUGAAAUGACUUCGCCGACUCCUUCGAGCAGCUCCUCUUCUUCUUCUUCAACGACGACGACGACGACCAGCACCACCACGGAACAAAUGACCACCUGGAGGACGGCGAGCACCGAGAGACGGCCCAGGCCGCCCCCGACCACCGCCUCCACCCCGAAGACGCACAAGUCCUGGCUGCCCUCCAAGUGGCCCUUCGUCGACCCGGCCAGCACUUACGCUCAGUGGACGGAGUUGGCGCGACAAAGUGCUUUAGUGCCGGCCGCAUGUCUGGGGGCGCUGCUCUUGGCCGUCGUCAUCGCAGUGGCCGCCUGCUUGGCCACCCGCCGGAGAAGACAGUCUGCGAGACGCAGAAGACACGUUGGGAUGGGCACAGAUGCGAACCAGGGUGACAAAACGACGCUGCUGACUGAGGGCUCCGAGGUGGAGGAUUAAAUGAGCCGAAAAGAGAAAAAUAACCGUUCUCUCACUACUUCUUCUUCACCACACAUCUGCACAUCUGGGCGUUUUUGUAAAAGGGAACCACAUUCGCAUUCCGGCGCGUAUUUGUAAAAUAUACAUGUGAUUUUUCAGUCGUUUGAGUUGGUUAGAGCGUUUCGAACACGUAGGUCUCUCCUCUCUACAUGCGGAAAAGAAGGAAUACAAAAAAAAGAGAGACUCAAAGGGUUGUUGCGCAUAAAAAAGCUGCCGGUGAAUCGCAAAAUCGCUUUGGCAGAAUGAAAAUUAAAAUUCCUUCGGCUCUCGGCAAGCAAUAAACAUCUCUCUUAAUGGCUUUUUGCUGGAAUAAAAAAAAAUAUUAUUUCAUGUCUGACUGAGUUGUGUGUUUGUCGAGGGAAAAUGCAUUGUGAGAGUGGAUGUGCAGAUGGAAUGUUGAAAGCGCGCGGUGCAUUAACGGAGAGAUUUGGUUUCAUAAAAGCGCGGCGGUGGUAAAUAAUAGGGCGGCGCUUUUAGUCUCGGCCGGCAAAGUGCUGUAGAGAAAUCAAAUUCCAAACAAGACACGCAUAUCAACAUCAAAUGAUAUAAAUCGUGCAGUUGAAAUGCGAUAUGCAGCUUCCCUCGCACAGCACAAUGAGGCGAAUGCAAAUUUGCAGACGGCACAUGCAAAUCAUGCUAAAGUAGGAGCUGAAUGGCUGGAUAAAUAGCACGAACGCGGAAUGCAAAUUUCGAUUGCUGGUGGAACUGCACUUACAUCACUGCAAUCGAUGCAACGCAAACAAAAUUUCCGAUAGACUUUUGCAUAAUUUCACUUGGACCGUCAAAUACAGUAAAAAUGGGUAGUGCGAUUGUCAACUGGUAAAUGUGGGGAAAAUUGAUACUUGUGGCUUGUGGCACCGCAGGGGGCGCGCCAAAUUUGUCAUUUGUACCAUAUAAUUUGAUAUUUUACGCCGCACUUCCAAAAUUUUGAUACACGACCGUUUGUUGUGAAUUCACUGGCUUUGUUGUUGACUUUCUACAUUUCAAAUCAAUUAAAAAAAUUAUUUUUCUUUAGUAUAACAAUUGUUACCAACAAGUAAUUAUUUUAAAGACAAACUCAUUAUUAUUAUGUUAUAUAUUUAUGGUUUUCUAGUUUGCCAAAUGCUGAAAUACUGAAAUUCAAUCUAGUUAAAUUGUACUUAAUUUUCAUCAUUCUUGCAUUUUGGCUAAAAGGAAUGAAAAAUUGUUGCAAAGGAGCAAAAAGUAAUUGGAAGAUUUUUGGCUGCAACUGACUUCAUCCUGGCCAAUAUUUUCAAAAGGCACAUAAAAAAAUACUACUAUUUUUAUCUAAUAGCAAAAAGACAAAGUUUCUAAAAAACUUGAUUAAAAAGUAUAAUGAUAUAGUUAAAAAAAGUCUAUUUAUUUUUAUAUUUACAAACCAAAAAUUAAUUUUCCUAUUUGGCGACCAGUUCUAUAGACCUUUGCUGUUUUAUUAAUCUUGUUUUCUCAUCCAUCAUUUAUUAAUUUAAACAUCCAAAGCAAUUUUAAGUUUUUAUCGUUUUAUUUAUACACAAUUUUUUCUAUUCUAUUCUAAUUUUCAAUCUUGGAAAUUCUUGGUAUUUGUUUAAUAUUGAAAUUUGUACUUUUUUUUUUUACUUCUUUUGAUUCUGACGAGCAUAAAAGCGGAAUCUGGUUGGGCUCGUUGGAUCUGAAAAAAUUCGUGUCACACGCCUCUGCCUAAAAGUAAAUUUCCAUCGCCAAAAGAUGAAACGCGUCGAGCACAAGAGAGUUACGAUAACGACACGGCCAGGGCUCUUCGCGUCUUUUGUCCGCCCGCAGAGCGUCGAUUUGGUGUAUUUUGACGAGAGCAGAAGGGCGAAUCAAUAUAAUUAUGGGCCGAGCGGCGUGAUGACGGUUUGAUUACGGAAAGAGACGUGUGUACGUGAUGCGAAUGUAGAGCGCCUGUGAUGAAUGCACCCUCGAUUGUUAUCAUGUUGAUUGUUACCGCGCCGGCUUUGAAUCCAUAAAGACACAGAAUGUAUAUCACUGGGUGGAUGAAUCGACGACGCUGUAAAUAUGCACGGCUUACAUUUAUUAGUAGCACCCUCGAACACAGAACUGCCCACCUAGGUUUUGGUGCAGAAAAUUUUAAAAAUCACUUGCUACUUUCCACCUUAUUAGUUAUUACUUAUUUUCCCACAAAAAUAAUAACCCAACACAAAAUACAAAACAUUUAUUUGAAAUAAAAAUUAAAAAAAAAAGAUUUAAUUGUGGAAUUCUGUCUAUAAAAAUAUGCUUUUAAAUCAAAAUGUAGAACUUUUAAUUACAAAUAUCAAUUCUUCUCUAUGAAAGUUAUUUAAAAAAAAUAAUUUCUAUCAUUAUAUUCAAGAUUCUUAAGGCAAAGUCAUGU